UGAAAAAUGUUUUGUUAGAAUUAUGGCAGAUGGUGAGACAGAAACUCUAGAAACUAAGACUAACCAGAAUAUUGAAGAAACACAAACGUCUUCAACUUCAGAUCCAUAUAAAUGUGUUUGGAAUGGUGUCCCAAUGACUUGGAAUGAGACUAGUAAACAAUGGUUGCCUGAUGUCGAAGUAAAUGAAGACUUUCUUGCAUAUUAUAAUGCAAAUUAUGGUAUUCAAUAUGAUUAUGAUAGUAUGCCAAAACCAGAAGCACCUAAAGUUGUUUUAAAAGAGGAAUCAACAGAAGAUGGGGAACCGAAGAAAGAAGUAACUAAACUUACAAAGGAACAGAGACAGCUCAAAAAACGUGAGGCAAAAAGGCGCUGGGCUGAAGCAGAAGCUGCCCGACGACAACAAGGAUGGUUUGAAAUGGAUGAAGAAAAGAACACAACGGUCUAUACAAGUGGAUUUCCUCCAACUAUAGAUGAAGAAGAAUAUGUUAAAUUUAUGACAAAAUGUGGAGUUGUUCAAAAAGAUCCGAGGACGGGAAAACCAAAAAUCAAACUUUAUCGAAUAAAAGAAACUGGAGAACCGAAGGGAGAUGGAACUUGUUGUUAUGUGAAAAUGGAAUCGGUUGAAUUAGCUUUACAAAUACUUGAUGGUUGGCAAUGGGAUACUGCCCAUAAAAUUCAUGUUGAACGUGCCAAGUUUGAAUUGAAAGGCGAAUUUGACCCCUCAAAGAAGCGACAACGUUUAAGUGGAGCUCAAAAGAAGAAAUUUUUAGAAAAACAAGAAAAAAUUUUCCAAUGGAAACCGGACAAGCCUCGCAAUUUCAGAAAUCGUUGUGAAUGUACUGUUGUUUUGAAAGGAAUGUUUUCUUUGGAAGAAAUUGAUCAAAAACCUGAGAAAAUUUUUAGUCUUAAAGAGGACACACAAAAAUUGUGUGAACAACGUUUUGGAACAGUAAAGAAAAUUGUUUUGUAUGAGUCAAAUCCCGAAGGAGUAAUAACAAUUACUUUUGAUAAUGUUGAACAAGCAGAUUUAACUGUAGCAGCACUUAAUGGACGUAUAGUUGCUGCACGGACAGUAAAAGCUUUUAAUUGGGACGGAAAAGAAAAAUUUAAAAGACAAGAAACUGAAGAAGAAAGGAAACGGCGAGAGAAUGCUUGGACAGAAUUUUUAGAAGAAAGUGAUGAUAGCGAGGAUGAUAAUGAUGGAAAAGAGAAGAAAAAUAUUGAAAAGGAAAAAAAUAAUGGAGAGAAAAAUAAUUCUGAUGACGAUAAUUUAGAUAAAUAA